AUGAAACCAAUCGACGAUUUAACGCAUGAAAUUGAAGCAAUUUUGUCACGAAUUAUAGCGCAUUACAGUAAACAAGGGUUUGAGUUAAUGCAUUCAAUUUUCUCACAAUGCGUACCAAGGAAAGCACUUUUGUUUGAGCGAGAAAGAACAUGCUUAAAGGAUGAUAAUGAGAUACCCUCAGAUAAACAAAUUACAGUGCCUAUCUCUGUAUGUAUGGCUCAAAGUAGUAUUAAUAAAAGCAUCGAGUUUAAUAAAGUGUACAAGCGAGAAUUUCGUUUCGGACUGAUAUACAUGACUUAA